AUGACUGAAUAUGAAGAAGAUGGAGCACUUAUGGCCAAAAUUGUUUCCGGCUCUGCACUAUUCCUCGUGUCAUUAAUUUUUGGUAUUGUUCCAUUUAAACUUGCUAAAGUUUUCAACUGGUCAGAGCCAUUUGAUCCGGAUAGUAAGAGUAAUAAGAAGUCAUCAAGAGUUGUGUCAGCACUGCUAUGCUUUGGCGGUGGAGUUCUUUUAGCCACAACAUUCUUGCAUCUGUUACCAGACAUUAAUGGUGAAAUAGCACUUUUACAGCAUGAAGGAAAGAUUCCAAAUUUGCAUAUAAGUCUUGGAGAAUGUUUAAUGAUGUUUGGCUUCUUCUUGAUCUACUUGAUUGAAGAGAUCGUUCACUAUUAUCUGCACAGAUAUCAACAAGGAUUGCAAAAAUCAGAAGUUAGCAUUGCCACAAUGAAGCCAGAAGAAGAAACUUUUGCAGAAGCAUUUAUGCGUGGAAUUAGUGCUAGAAACAGUGUCCAUAGACGAUUUUCUGAUAGCAACGGAUGCCUACAAAUUAAUUCGAACUCAAGACGUGGAUCAAUUAUUUUAGAAGAUGGACAUGAUUUGAAGGCACUUGAUACAAUUGUCGAGAAAGGUCAAAUAGUUCAAAUACCAGAAAAAAAUCAUACAGGUGAUCACCAUCACGUCCACAGUCAUAAUCAGCAUACACAUUCACACAAUCAACAUGGACAUUCUCACAACAUGCCGGUUCCUCACUCAGCAGAUGAAGAUCUUCUGGUUUCAUCACUUCGUGGAUUGUUGAUUGUUCUUGCUUUAUCACUUCACGAAUUGUUCGAAGGCUUCGCAGUUGGAUUACAAAGAGAUACAAUUGGAGUGUAUUACAUGUUUGCAGCUGUUUGUGCUCAUAAAUUCGUCAUUUCAUUCUGUAUUGGCGUUGAAUUGAUGGUCCAAAAAACUAAAGUUUGGCUCGCAUUCAUUUAUGUUUUUGUAUAUUCAAUUGUCAGUGCAUUAGGAAUUUUGGUUGGUGCUAUAUUAACGACUGGCUCAUAUGGAGAGACGCUGCAAGUACCAAACAUCAUUUUACAAGGACUGGCAACUGGUACUUUGUUGUAUGUGAUCUUCUUCGAAGUCUUGUCAAAAGAUCGAUCUGGAAUGAUUCCUUAUUUGAGUAUCUUUGUUGGAUUUUCAAUCAUGCUUGGACUCCAAUAUAUUGCUGCAAUGACCGAAAAUCAAGGAAUUGAAGGAUCGAAAAACUUUAUUGAAUCAACAACAUCAACUUUCCUUCAUGGAUGA